AUGGUUCGGGCUGAUGCAUCCGUAUGCAUCAAGGUGCUCUUAAAUGCCACGGUUGCACACUUUGGGUUUAGGCUGACGUACAGGAGGGUCUGGCUAGCGAAGCAGAAGGCCGUUGCCCAUAUCUAUGGUGACUGGAAUGAGUCGUAUAACGAGCUUCCUAGGUGGGUGUUAGGAGUUCAGCUGACGAUGCCUGGUACGGUUGCAGUCCUUAGGACGAGCCCAGUUCGAGUUGGGGGACAGGUGGACGAGUUGCAAGCUUAUUUUCACCGACUGUUCUGGAUGUUUCCGCCUUGUAUCGAGGCAUUCCAUCAUUGCAAGCUGUUGGUAAAUAUUGACGGCACCCAUCUGUAUGGCAAGUAUGGGGGAACGUUGCUCGUCGCGAUUGCACAGGACGGGAACUCCAACAUUCUGCCUGUUGCAUUUGCCCUAGUUGAGGGUGAGAAUGCAGAGUCCUGGUCAUUCUUCCUCUCCCACCUGCGUCAGCACGUGACCCCGCAGCCGGGACUGCUGGUUAUAUUAGAUAGGCAUAACAGCAUUAAGGCCGCCCUUGAGGCUCCGGACGGAGGAUGGUUACCUCCAACUGCGUACUGUGCAUUCUGCAUUCGACAUGUGGCAGCAAAUUUCUCACUUACCUACAAGGGCAAGGACGCAAGAAGGCUACUUGUGAAUGCAGCUUAUGCUAAGACCGAGGUGGAGUUUCAUUACUGGUUUGAUAUUCUCCGGUCUGAAGACCCUGCCAUGUGCGAGUGGGCGAACCGGAUUGAGUAUUCGUUAUGGACACAGCAUCGUAAUGAGGGUCAGAGAUUUGGGCACAUGACCACAAAUAUCUCCGAGUGUGUUAAUUCCAUCCUCAAGGGGGUCAGGAAUCUCCCCGUGUGCUCCCUAGUCAGGACAACUUACAGUAGGUUGGUCGAACUAUUCGUCUGCAAGGGGAGAGAGGCUGAGGCCCAGCUGGGUACCGGACAACAGUUCAGUCAACAUCUGGUGAAGUGCAUCGAAACCAAUUUGAAGACGGCAAGGUGCUUCACGGUGACUUUGUAUGACAGAGAUAACUCGGAGUUCACCAUUGCGGAGACGACUCCUACUGGUGCGUUCUCACUGGGUAGCUAUAGGGUCUUGCUUUCAAACCAGACAUGUGAUUGCGGACACUUUCUGGCACUUCAUUUCCCGUGUCCUCAUGCCCUGGCAUGCUGUGCCUAUUCACGGCUUACUUGGCAGCCGUAUGUACACCAAGUGUAUUGUCUUAGUUUCGUGUUCAGUGUGUAUCGGAUGGGGUUCACACCUCUGAUUCCUGAGGGUUUUGGUCACCAUACAAUGGGCCAAUAG